GGGAGUACAAUUUAGACCAUAAAGACCAAAUUCUAUACGUUACUUAACAGCUGGGUGGUAAAAGUAUCAUCUUUGCAUUACGUCUUUCUCUCGAAAAUGGCGGCUGCAAAGCGAGUGUUGAUUUACGGUGGAAAAGGUGCUCUGGGAGCAGUCUGUGUACAGUCAUUUAAGGCUAAAAAUUUUUGGGUUUGCAGCAUUGAUUUAUCUCCAAACGAGUCUGCAGAUGCAAAUAUUAUUGUCACGGAGUUAAAUAACUGGGAGAAGCAAGAUGAGCAGGUUCAACAAAGACUUGCAGAAGUUUUACAAGAUGAAAAAUUAGAUGGAAUCUUCUGUAUUGCAGGUGGAUGGGCAGGUGGAAAUGCUGCAUCAAAAGAAUUUAUAAAAAACUCAAAUUUGAUGUGGAAACAAAGUGUUUGGUCAUCAUGUAUCUCUGCCAGUUUGGCAUCUUCUUAUCUGAAACAGGGAGGAGUGCUUCAGUUAACCGGUGCCGUACCUGCGUUAGCGGGUACAGCAGGAAUGAUUGGUUAUGGAAUGGCAAAGGCUGCAGUACAUCAACUUACGAAAAGUUUAGCUGCGGACAAUGGGGGACUUCCUGAAAAUGCAGUCAUCGCUACCAUAUUACCGGUUACGUUGGAUACCCCUAUGAACAGAAAAUUUAUGCCUGAUGCAGACCAGACAACGUGGACACCAUUAGAGUAUGUCGCAACAAUGUUUACAGAAUGGAGUGAAAACAUAAACAGACCUGCAUCAGGAAGUUUGGUGAAGUUAAUUACAAAAGAUGGAAACACAGCAUUGGAAUGUGUGGAAAAAUAAUUUGUCACUUAAUGAAGCCAUGGAGACUUUGCUAACUGUAUGAUUAAUUUGGAAUCAGAAUACCAACAAGAAGUGUGAACAUGGUUUUCAAAAAAGGAACCGACAAUCCAGAAUUUAAUUUAAUUUCCCAACCUUGUAGUCAGCACCUAUAAGACAACAGUAAACGAUGUGGGACUUUACCGUA